AUGAGUGAUAAUAACGAAUUUCAAAAAGUGACAGAAACUGCUUCUGUUACAGCUUUCCAACAGAAUCCAUAUGGUCCAAAUCCUGCUGAUUAUUUAUCGAAUGUACAAAAUUUCCAAUUAAUUGAUUCAACUUUAAGAGAAGGUGAACAAUUUGCCAAUUCUUUCUUUACCACUGAGAAAAAGAUUGAAAUUGCCAAAGCUUUGGAUGAAUUUGGUGUCGAUUAUAUCGAAUUAACUUCUCCUGUUGCCUCUGAACAGUCAAGAAAAGAUUGUGAAGCUAUAUGUCAGUUAGGUUUAAAUGCUAAGAUUUUAACUCACAUUCGUUGUCAUAUGGAUGAUGCUAAAGUUGCUGUAGAGACAGGUGUAGAUGGUGUAGAUGUAGUCAUUGGCACUUCUAAGUUUCUAAGACAAUAUUCUCAUGGUAAAGAUAUGAAUUAUAUUGCAAAGAGUGCAAUUGAAGUCAUCGAAUUCGUCAAAUCUAAAGGUAUAGAGAUCAGAUUCUCUUCUGAAGAUUCCUUUAGAAGUGAUCUAGUCGAUUUAUUAAAUAUUUACAAGACUGUCUCUAAAAUUGGUGUUAACAGAGUCGGUAUAGCUGAUACUGUUGGUUGUGCUAAUCCAAGACAAGUUUACGAAUUAGUCAGAACUUUGAAAAGUGUUGUUUCUUGUGACAUCGAAUGCCAUUUCCAUAAUGAUACUGGUUGUGCAAUUGCAAAUGCUUAUACCGCUUUAGAAGGUGGCGCCCGUUUAAUUGAUGUCUGUGUUUUAGGUAUCGGUGAAAGAAAUGGUAUUACUCCAUUAGGUGGGUUAAUGGCUCGUAUGAUUGUUGCUGCCCCAGAUUAUGUUAAGUCUAAAUAUAAAUUGCAUAAAUUAAGAGAUCUAGAGAAUUUAGUUGCCGAUUCUGUAGAGGUAAAUAUCCCAUUCAACAAUCCAAUCACUGGUUUCUGUGCUUUCACACACAAAGCAGGUAUUCAUGCUAAGGCAAUUUUAGCCAAUCCCUCUACUUAUGAAAUUUUGAAUCCUCAAGAUUUCGGUCUAACUAGAUAUAUUCAUUUUGCAAACAGAUUAACUGGUUGGAAUGCUAUUAAAUCAAGAGUCGAUCAGUUAAACUUACAUUUAACUGAUGAACAAGUUAAAGAAGUCACCAAUAAGAUCAAAAAAUUAGGUGACAUCAGACCUUUGAAUAUCGAUGAUGUAGAUUCCAUCAUUAAGGAUUAUCAUAUUGAAGUGAGCACCCCAAGUAUAGCCCCACAAAGGGACUCUCCAGAGGUAGAUUCCAAUAUCGAUAUUAACUCCGAUGGACCACCUUUGAAGAAGGCCAAAACUGCAGCAAAAUAG